UCUGCAUUCAACAGUUUCUUUCCUCUGUAAAUCAGCGCCGUUUCUAAAAUUUUCUACAUGGAUUACGCACAUUCUCACGGUCACGACACCAACAUUGUUGAGCAUCAACAAGUGGAAGAAGGGGACGAUCAUGAGCAUCAACAUGGGAAGAAAUCAGUUUUGAAGAAAGUGAAAGCGAAGGCAAAGAAGAUUAAGGACACCAUUGCGAAACAUGUACAUCAUGAUGGUUCUUCUUCUUCUUAUAGUGACGAUGAUCAUGAUCAUAAUCACGGUCACAGCAGCCGUGGUUACAAUGUGAAAGAUACUUCUGAUGACCAUGACCUGGACGAGGAAUACGAUGAAGACGAAAUGGUCAAAGAUCCAGAAAUCCACGGAGCACCAAGUAUAUGUGAUGUUCUCCGCUCUCUUCAUGUUAUCUGUAAAUAUAGCUCUGGCCCGGGGCAACCGGAGGACUUAAGGCGCCCUGGAAUUGCAUAUGAAAGGUCAAGAGUGCCCAUGGAUGAAGAUCCAUUGAUGAGUAACUCUGUUCCUGUCAUAGUGGAUAACAACGAGAAACAUAGGGUCAAUUUGGGGAAUACAACUGUGAUGGGAGAAGGAUUUCAGGCGACCCAAAAUACCCCUGUAUUUAUUUCCCACCAUUCCAGAGAGAUUGUUGAUCCGACUAACACCUUUGUUCCAGGGCAAGUGGAAUAUCCAGGGCAGCCAAAAGUCAAAUUGGAGACACCAAGCGGAUUGGAGGAAGAUCCUGCUGCUUCGAAGGACAAUCCUGAUGCUUUUUCCACCACAAAUUAUCAGACCAAAGUCUUUGAUCCAACCGGAGAGGGAGAAGAAGUAACAGGAAUUACCCCAAUUCUCCAUUCCCUUGAUAAAAUGAAAAUCUACGAUGAGCAGGAUACUGGAAGAGAACAAAACUUACCUCAGGGAACUCAUACUUGUUCAUCAAACUUACCUCUUUCCACGGGAAGCCAUGAUCAAUUCACCCCGAAGCCAACUCCUCCAAACAGUGCCAACUUCCCGGAAAAUCCAAAACCAGUCUCUGAAAUUCCAAACACAACAAAACUAGAUGAGGGCACUUAUGGGAAAUCAUCGUACCAGAGUGGCAGCCUCACUGAGAAAAUUUCCUCUGCUACCUCUGCCAUUGCGGAUAAAGCAGUAUCUGCUAAAAAAGCUGUAGCUUCAAAGAUUGGAUAUGGAGAGAACAAGAACUCUAGAAAUGAAUUGUGUGCAGGUGGAGAGGAAACCCACCAGAGGUCACCAAACCAAAGCAGCUAUACAGAGAAUAUCUCCUCUGCUACCUCUGCAAUUGCAGACAAAGCAGCGUCAGCUAAAAACAUUGUAGCUGCAACUGUAACAGAGAAACUAACGCCGGCUUACAAGAAGGUUGCGGGUGCAGGAACUGCAGUUAUGUCAAAAAUGCCAGGGUCUAAUUCUGCUACUACUGCCCAUCAACAUGAAACAGGGCCUAUAAUGCAGGACAAGGGAGUUUCCGUUAAGGACUAUUUGGCAGAGAAAUUGAGGCCCGGUGAGGAAGAUAAGGCGCUUUCAGAGGCCAUUUCUGGUGCUUUACAUGUGAGAAAGGAGAAAGGGGAUGGGGAGAGUAGGCCGGUGGUGAAGGUGACAGAGUCAAAGGAGGUGGAGAAGCGGUUGGGGGGUUUUAACAAGAAGGAUGAGGAAAAGGUUCGUUCGGGAAUAGCUAAUAGUCCUGGAACUGGUGUGGUGGAUAAGAUAAAAGGCGCUGUAACUUCCUGGUUUAGUAACGAAGAGUCUCAGAGAAUUCAGCAAGCAAAUGCUGGUCCAGGGAAUGAAGAAGUUUCCAGUUAUGGUAGGGAAGACGCAGGACGUAGCAGCAACCCGGUCGGGGAGAGGAGACUUCAGGAGUCAUGUAACUGAAGGGCAAAUUGAUUAUUUGGGGACUACUUCAAAUGUUGUUCCGUUAGAUUUAUUUCUGUUUCAGUUUUUUUUUUUUUUUUUUCCCUUUUAUUCAUUAUUUGUAUUAUGUUUUUUGAAACUUGAAAGUGGAUGUGUAGGUGUGUGGCUUCUAUAUGUAAAAGACAUGUUUACUUGAAUAAGACCUUGUUUGCUGUUGCUUAACUUUUGAUAAAAAGUCCUUUUUGUG